GCUGAGUAAGGACGAUGUAGUAAAAUAUACGUAUGUUUGUGCGGUUGGAACGAAAAAAUUGAUUAGGUAGCGUUAAGAAAGCGGUUAAAUUUAAUCGACGAUCGCUUGUGGUGUCAACUUCACAAUGAGUGAGGCGAAGGAAGAGAAAAAGGACGAUGACGAAGAUCCGCGAUUGGACUUCAUCUUUGCGUAUCUCGCAAGAUCGCUGAGAAUAAAAUCCGAAAAAUGGACGAAAAUGUUGAGCAACGAAGAUACGAAUAAAAUUGUGAUGGAUUUCUUGGAUAAGACAACAGAAUAUUUGUUAAUUGUCACAGUCAAUACAGCUGGACAGCUUAUACCUAUCAACAGUUUCCCAGUUAACAGUAAAACAAAAUGUUGUUAUUUUAUCAAAUGUUACAAAGAGCCAGUAACAUCUCAGAACUAUCAGAAAGUAUUGCUUUGUGGUGAUAUGUCAUCAAAACCUAUUGAUGAGUUAUCUGUUUUAGUUGCAGAGGUUUUUGUACCUCUUCUAUCGAACCCUGGGAAUCACAGAGGAUGGCCAAAAGUUGUGGCAGAGGAUAUACAAAGACAUAUACAUGAACUCAAAAGCAUUGUGUAUGAAGUUAGAGGAAAAAUUACUGGUCAUACACUACUGCCAAUGCCAGCUGGAGUGGAGAGAGUUCACCAAGCCCUAGUUGAUAUUACUGAGAGCAAAGGCGAAAAAGUAGACCUGUACUUGAAAAGUGCAAUUGAAGGAGUGAUCAUCAAAUGGGCAACACAGAUAAAUGAAGCUGUAAAGGAAGAAUCUUCUGAUGCCUUUGAAAAUGGCCAGCACCCAACACCUGCAGCUGAAAUUUUGUUUUGGAAUAACCGUCUGAAGAACAUGGAAAAUUUGUACCAUCAGAUGCGUGACCCUCGAGUUGUGGAUAUGGCUUCAAUACUAGAGCUGACUGAUAGUGCAUAUUUCCCAUGCUUCAAGUCAAUGUUCCGUAAUGUAGUAGCAGCUGUUGCAGAAGCACGUGACAUAGUCAUUUACUUGAAGCCACUGCAAAAAUAUUUUGAUCAGUUAGAAAAUACCAUCUUUUGUGAAUGUCAACCUAUUUUGUGGCCACUUAUGCAUACAGUGUGCCUCGUGUGGGCAAACAGCCGAUAUUACUGCAACAAUUCAAAAAUUAUUGUACUUAUAAAGGAAAUAUGUAAUCUGCUUAUUCAAGAGGCAAUUAAAUACCUAGAUCAAUCUACCAUUUUCCAAGCAGAAGUUGAAGAGUCAUAUGACAAGAUUCUGAAGUGUAUCGAUACACUUGAACUUUUUCAUGAUAUCUUUGAUGAAUGUCGCACAUCUCUAGAAUCAUACUUUAAGGGAAAUAAUGAACCAGUUCCUUGGACUUUUGACACAAAACUGGUAUUUGAAUAUGAAAAUCAGUUUAUGGACAGACUGAAGCUAAUUAAGGAGUUCUUUGUAACAGCACUUGAAUUUUUUAAACUGGAGAAAGUUGAGAUUGGAGGAGGGAAGGGGCGAGUACUUGGCCCAAAAGUACAAAAAAUUUACUCUGAUUUUUGUGACUUAUAUGGUCAGUUUGGGAGCAUUACAUACAAUCCAUUUGACCCCACUGAUGAAAGUUUUGUGAAAGAUUAUUCAGUCUUCAGAGAGAAAAUUGAGGACUUUGAUCGCAAACUUGCUACUCUUUUGUGUCAAGCCAUUGAUGAUUGCUACAAUCUUGAGAGCAUUUACAAGUUUAUCAACAUAGCUGGGACCCUUCUUGAACGUGAUAUUGUUAAGACAGCAAUUGAGCCAAAGUACUCUGUCAUUCUCACAAUGUUAGGAGAGGAGAUGGCCACUGUCCAGGAACUUUUUGAAGAACAUCAGAUGCUGUACUCACAGAGGAAGUAUGUGCCCGCUGAUAUGAAUUUCCCUCCAGUGGCUGGAGCCAUUAUGACAAUCCACAAAUUACGAGAGAGAGUUCGACCGCAUAUUGAGAACUUGAAAUCAUUUGAUAAUCCACUGAGGAAGUCUGAAGAAGCAACAAACCUCAUAAGAAGAUGUGAUAAUUUAUUUGAGUCUCUUGAUUCAUUUGAAGAUUAUAUUUUUACUAAUUGGAUGACCACAGUUCCUAACAUCUGUGCAGAAAAUCUAAAUAAAACCAUAUUAACAAGAAAGAAGGGUUUUACUCUGAACUUAAACUUCAGUGAAGAACUUGUAAUACUUCUCCGAGAAGUGAGAUACUUAAAGAUGCUGGGGAAAGAUGGGAUCCCUGAGGAGGCCAUCAACUUGCAUCAGAGAGAUGAAACAUUUAGACAGUGGAUAUUCAGCCUGAAUGCUUGCAUUAACUCGUACAACCAGAUUAGGCAAUGCAGCCAUCCAGUUGAAUUUGAUUUGGUUGUUGAUGACAUUGAACAUAUUGACUUGUUGAUUUCUGAGGCACAUGAAUCACUAAACUGGAAUUCUGCAGCUCUUACUGCUGCAUUUAAUUUUGUUACAAAGCUAACUUUUAUACAAGAAAAUUAUACACAUCCAGUUUCACAAGACCAGAAUUGCUCACAGAAGAGCCAGUGGACACAUAGAAAAGAUGGGAAGAAUUUAAAACCACUGAAGAUGUCUAAACAGUCAGGCAAGAUACAUUUGGUAAUUUCAGUUGCAAAAGUUUGGGAUUUUGUUGAUAAAUUCAAAAGCAUGGUAAAACAACUUCAUGAGAGAGUUACUAAUGCACAGUCAAAUAUUAAAAAAAUCAGAGAUCUUAUGGGUGCUUGGUCUACAACUCCAUUAUAUGAACGGAAGGAGCGAAAGAAAUUUGCUCUGCUUAAUAUUGAAGACCGUUUGGAUAAUGUGCAAAGGAGGUACAACAUCAUAAAGGAAACUGGUGUCCUGAUACAUAAUUUUAUGGAAACUAAUUACACUCUGUAUUUUGAAUCCAACUAUCUGAAUGAACAAAGUGAAAUAGCACAUUUUAAUAGCAAGUCUCCUAGCAUAGGGGAAGAAAACAAAAACGCCAUUAAUCAAGAGAACACCAUUAAUAACCAUGAACAAUUAGAUAUUACACUGGGAGAAGAAGCAAAUGAACAACAUUCCGCAGAAGAGGAGAGUGGCUUUACUGUGACUGAUUCAGAAAUUAAUGGUACCUGUUCUGAUGAAAGAGGAGGUGCAGGUGAAAGAACUUGGACUGUAAGUGAAAUUGAACAUGUCAUUUCUCAUUUGCAGUUGAAGCUGAAUGAUAAAAAAUGUAGUGAGAAAUGGCUGGCCUACGUAAGAUAUGUUGAUGAAAUCGUAACUGAAGGACUUCUAAAUGCUAUUGGAGGCAGUUUGCAGUUCCUCAUGGAUGAAAUGGAUGAGAAACGUAAAAGGCCACCUUUGUUUGAAGUAUCACUAGAGUUGCAGGAACCAGACCUUGUAUUUGUUCCUUCACUGGAUGUAAAUGACCCUAAAAGUUUCUAUUCUCUUAUCCAGAGCAUUAUAAAUGACAUUACAUACAUGGCUACUAUUAUUCCUCGCGUAGCUCCGAACCCUGGACAAAUUGAUUAUAAGGAAGAAAUGGAGUCAAAUGCAGACUUAAUUGAAAUGAAAGAAGAAACACUGACACGUGUUCAGCAAGUAAUAGAUCAAGCUAUAUCUUAUUGCGAAAAUUUUGAAGAACAUUCAUAUCUGUGGUUGGAUGACCGUGAAGCAUUUCUUGAACAGUUUUUGGAAUAUGGUCCCCAACUGACAUGUGAAGAAGUUGACACUACAAACACUGGUAUGGAAGAGCAACAAGUAGUUGACACAAAACCUACUCUGCAGCAUUUCAAAUCGCAGAUAGAUCAUUAUGAAAAUCUAUAUAUGGAGAUAGAAAGGAUGGAUACAGAAAAAAUAUUUUCUAGUUGGUUUCGUGUAAACUUGCGUCCAUUUAAACAAGCUUUACUUAACACAGUAUGCAAAUGGAGCAAUAUGCUAAAGCAGUAUUUAGCAGUACACGUCAAAAACAGCCUUCAAGAGCUAAAUGACUUUAUUGAUGAAGCAGAUAAUGGUCUCCUGCAGCCAGUUUUGGAAGGGGACUAUGAUGGUCUUCUGAAAGUAAUGGGGUACCUGUUUCAUGUAAAGGAAAGGACACCAAAAACAGAUGAAAUGUUUGAGCCUAUUAAGGAAAUGAUUGAUCUGCUAAAGACAUAUGACGUUGAAUUUUCAGAAGAAGUGUACUUACAGCUACAGGAACUGCCUGAACGAUGGAUUGCUACAAAGAAGACUGCUGUAACUGUGAAACAACAAGUUACUCCACUUAUGGCUGCUGAGGUUACGCUUAUCAGGAAGCGAAUAAACUUAUUUGACCUGAGACAAAACCAGUAUCGCGAAUAUUUUCGAAAACUGGAUUUAUUCAAGUAUGGCUGUGAUGAUGCAUACACUUUAAUGGAUGUUACACAUACCAUAAUUACAGAAAUGGAAGAGCAAAUGACAGUGCUCCAGGAACAGGCAUCAUUAUUUGAAGUAACAGUCCCUGAAUACAAGCAACUUAGGACAUGUUGCAAAGAAAUAAAAAUGUUAAAGACUUUAUGGGACUAUAUAUACAUUGUGAGAUCAUACAUAGAUGACUGGAAGACUACACCAUGGAAGAAAAUUGAUGUAGAAAACAUGGAUCAGGAAUGCAAGAAGUUUGGCAAAGAAAUCCGAGGUCUCGAUAAGGAAAUGCGAUCCUGGGAUGCCUAUGUAGGUCUUGAGGCUACUCUGAAGAAUUUGAUGACCUCUCUCAGGGCUGUGACAGAAUUACAGAAUCCCGCAAUAAGAGAGCGACACUGGGAACAGCUAAUGGCAGCCACAAAGUGCUCAGAGCGUCUUCCAGCAAAAUAUUCGGUUAAAUUUGUAAUGGAUGGUUCAACAACUUUAGCUGAUCUAUUGGCUCUUAACCUACAUGAGUUUGAAGAUGAAGUUAAGAAUAUUGUUGACAAAUCUGUUAAAGAAAUGUCAAUGGAGAAGGUACUUAGGGAACUUGAAAUUACUUGGGCAGCUAUGGAAUUUGAUCACGAAGUUCACACUCGUACUAACUGCAUUAUUUUGCGAGCUAGUGAGGAGCUAAUAGAAACUCUUGAAGAAAACCAGGUUCAGUUACAAAAUCUCAUGAGCUCAAAGUACAUUGCAUAUUUUUUGGAAGAAGUUUCAGACUGGCAAAGGAAAUUGUCCAAUGCAGAUCAAGUAAUAUCGAUAUGGUUUGAAGUUCAGCGCACCUGGAUGCAUUUGGAAUCUAUAUUUAUUGGAUCUGAAGAUAUCCGUAACCAGUUACCAGAAGAUUCUAAUAGAUUUGAUAAAAUUGAUAAAGAAUUUAGAGAAAUGUUAGAAGUUAUGUCAAAGAUGCCAAAUGUUGUUCAAGCCACAAACUGUCCUCACUUGUUUGAAAGGCUGGAGGUUCUUCAGGAACAACUUACACUGUGUGAAAAAGCUUUGGCUGAAUAUCUGGAAACUAAGAGACUGGCAUUUCCACGCUUUUAUUUUGUUUCUUCUGCUGACCUGUUGGAUAUUUUAUCUAAUGGAAACCAACCUGAACUUGUAGCAAGGCAUCUCACAAAGCUGUAUGAUUCUCUUGCGAGACUCAAAUUCUGUCAGGAAGAUGGCAAAAAUACCAAGUAUGCAGAAGGAAUGUUUGCUAAGGAUGGAGAAUAUGUUGAGUUCAAUGGACAGUGUGACUGUUCAGGCAAGGUGGAGGUUUGGUUGAGCAGAUUAACUGACACAAUGCGUCAGACAUGUCGCUAUUACUUUGGUGAAGCUGUAUCAUCGUAUGAUGAAAAACCACGUGAACAGUGGCUUUUUGACUUUCCAGCUCAGGCAUCUCUCUGUGGUACUCAGAUUUGGUGGACAUCUGAAGUGAACAUGUCUUUCUCCAGACUUGAAGAGGGUUUUGAAAACGCGCUUAAAGAAUACCAAAAAAAGCAGAUAAUGCAGCUUAGUAUUCUGAUUUCACUCUUACUGGGCGAUUUAACAAAAGGAGACAGACAGAAGAUAAUGACAAUAUGUACCAUAGAUGUUCAUUCCCGUGAUGUUGUUGCUAAAAUGAUUCAGAUGAAAGUGGAGAGUGCAUCAGCAUUUCAGUGGCAGUCUCAGUUGAGACACAGAUGGGACGAUCAGUUAGGAGAUUGCUUCUGCAACAUAUGUGAUGCUCAAUUUCAGUAUGCUCAUGAGUAUCUUGGCAACACACCACGGCUUGUGAUAACCCCUUUAACAGACCGCUGCUAUAUUACAUUAACCCAGUCCUUGCAUUUGACAAUGGGAGGAGCCCCAGCAGGACCAGCUGGUACUGGGAAGACAGAGACCACAAAAGACUUAGGGAGGGCCAUGGGUGUUAUGGUAUAUGUGUUCAACUGCUCUGAACAGAUGGAUUACAAGUCAUGUGGCAACAUCUACAAAGGCCUUGCACAAACUGGAGCUUGGGGAUGUUUUGAUGAAUUCAACCGAAUUUCAGUGGAAGUAUUAUCUGUAGUAGCAGUGCAGGUGAAAUCCGUACUAGAUGCCAUAAAAGGCACCAAAAAAACUUUUAGCUUCAUGGGCCAGGAAAUAGCACUUGUGCCAACAGUUGGCAUGUUUGUCACCAUGAAUCCUGGAUAUGCUGGCAGGACAGAGCUACCUGAGAACCUGAAGGCAUUGUUCAGACCGUGUGCCAUGGUGGUGCCUGAUUUUGAGUUAAUAUGUGAAAUAAUGUUGGUAGCUGAAGGAUUUCAAGAGGCUCGUAUCUUGGCUCGGAAAUUCAUUACUUUAUACACUCUUUGUAGAGAACUACUGUCUAAACAGGAUCAUUAUGACUGGGGUUUAAGGGCCAUCAAGUCUGUUCUUGUUGUGGCUGGCUCACUCAAGCGUGGAGAUCGAGGCAGACCUGAGGAUCAAGUAUUGAUGAGAGCUUUGAGGGACUUCAACAUUCCUAAAAUUGUAACAGAUGACAUACCAGUUUUCAUGGGACUUAUAGGUGACUUGUUUCCAGCUCUAGAUGUGCCAAGAAAGAGAGACUUAGAAUUUGAAAAAAUGGUAAAGCAAGCUGCACUUGACUUGAAACUACAACCUGAAGACAAUUUUAUUUUAAAGAUUGUUCAACUUGAAGAAUUAUUAGAAGUACGACAUUCAGUAUUUAUUGUUGGCAAUGCCGGAACAGGAAAAACUAUGGUUUGGCGCUCAUUGUUCAAAACAUAUCAGAAUAUGAGAAGAAAACCUGUAUUCAAUGAUCUUAAUCCUAAGGCAGUUACAAACGAUGAACUUUUUGGCAUAAUCAAUCCAGCAACAAGAGAGUGGAAGGAUGGCCUUCUUUCAGCCCUCAUGCGAGAUCAGGCCAAUUUAUCUGGUGAUGGACCAAAAUGGAUUGUUCUUGAUGGAGACAUUGACCCUAUGUGGAUUGAGUCUUUAAACACAGUAAUGGAUGACAAUAAAAUUUUGACACUUGCUAGUAAUGAGCGUAUUGCUCUAACACCUGUGAUGCGCCUGCUUUUUGAAAUAUCCAGUUUACGAACUGCCACACCUGCCACAGUAUCUCGAGCAGGAAUAUUGUAUCUAAAUCCUCAGGACCUUGGAUGGAACCCGUAUGUCACCAGUUGGGUGGAGACUAGAGAACACCAAGCUGAGAGAUCAAAUCUCAUUGUCUUAUUUGACAAAUACAUUCCUUCAUGCCUUGAAGCUCUGAGAACGCGAUUUAAGAAAGUAACUCCCAUAGCUGAAAUUUCACAUAUACAAAUGCUGUGCCACCUAUUAGACUGUCUCAUAAUACCUGCAAAUCUGCCAAAUGACUGUCCAAAGGAAUGGUAUGAGAUAUACUUUGUCUUUGCUUGUGUCUGGGCUUUUGGUGCUGCAAUUUGCCAAGAUCAGUUGAUAGAUUACCGUGUGGAAUUUUCAAAAUGGUGGGCAAAUGAAUUUAAGACGGUGAAAUUUCCAUCACAAGGAACUGUUUUUAAUUAUUUUGUUGACCAUGAAACUAAGAAAUUUCUACCUUGGGAGGAAAAAGUUCAAAAAUUUGAACUUGAUUAUGAUAUACCACUCCAGUCAUUCUUGGUAUCCACAAAUGAAACUACUAGAAUACGUUAUUUUAUGGAUCUAUUGAUGCAAAAGAGGUUACCUCUUAUGCUUGUCGGAGUGUCUGGUUCAGGCAAAAGUGUUAUUGUAGCUGAUAAAUUAGGAAGUCUGUCAGAGAACUAUGUUAUUACCAAUGUACCUUUCAACUUUUAUACGACAUCCGAAAUGCUACAGAAAGUUCUGGAAAAACCAUUGGAGAAGAAAGCAGGACGCAACUUUGGACCACCUGGAAAUAAGACAAUGAUUUAUUUCAUUGAUGACAUGAACAUGCCAGAAGUGGAUGCAUACGGCACUGUACAGCCUCAUACAUUAAUACGGCAAUAUUUUGAUUACUGCCAUUGGUAUGAUCGCAACAAAUUGACACUUAAGGACAUUCACAACUGUCAGUACGUCUCAUGCAUGAACCCAACAUCAGGAAGUUUUACAAUCAAUCCUAGACUUCAGCGACAUUUCUGUGUCUUUGCUGUGAAUUUCCCAUCUGAUGAACCACUGUUUCACAUCUAUCACUCAAUCCUCAGUCAACACUUGGCAAAUCCAAUACUUAAAUUCAGCAACAAUGUCUGCAAGAUUUCAUCAGCACUAGUGAAAGCAGCACUGGCGUUACACCAAAAAAUGGCAGCAAUGUUUCUUCCUACGGCCUUAAAAUUUCAUUACAUCUUCAAUCUUCGAGACUUAUCAAAUAUUUUUCAGGCAAUGCUCUUCACUGUUGCUGAUUGUUUGCCAAAUCAAAAUGAACUGAUACGGCUGUGGAUGCAUGAAGCAACUCGUGUGUAUGGAGAUAAACUUGUGGACAAUAGUGAUAUUGAAAGCUUUAACAAAAUACUACAUGACAUUGUUAAGAAAUCAUUUGAAGAACUGGACGAAAGUGUAUUUCAUAAACCACUUAUAUUUUGUCAUUUCGCAGAUGGUAUCGGAGAAAGCAAAUACAUGCCUGUGAAAGACUGGAAUGUACUGAGAAGAUUACUUGAAGAUGCUUUGGCACAGUAUAAUGAUCUUGUAGCUGCCAUGAACUUGGUUAUGUUUGAGGAUGCAAUGCAUCAUGUGUGUCGUAUAAAUCGCAUAUUGGAAUCUCCAAGAGGAAAUGCCCUUCUUGUUGGAGUAGGUGGCAGUGGAAAACAGUCAUUAUCUCGUCUUUCAGCAUUUAUUUCAUCUCUUGAAGUCUUCCAGAUCCAGUUACGAAAAGGAUAUGCAAUUAAUGACAUGAAAUCAGAUUUGGGAAAUCUCUAUUACAAAGCUGGCUUGAAAAGUGUGGGGAUAAUGUUUCUGAUGACUGAUUCACAAGUGGCUGAAGAGAAGUUCUUAGUUCUUGUGAAUGACAUGCUAGCAUCUGGAGAGAUUCCAGAAUUGUUUUCUGAUGAUGAAGUAGAAAAUAUUGUUUCUGGAUUAAGAAAUGAAGUUAAAGCAUCAGGUUCUAUUGAUAACAAAGAAAACUGUUGGAAGUUUUUUAUCGAUCGUGUUCGCCGACAGCUAAAGGUGGUAUUGUGUUUUUCUCCAGUUGGAUCUACAUUACGUGUAAGGGCUCGUAAGUUCCCAGCAAUUGUGAACUGCACAUCUGUUAAUUGGUUUCAUGAAUGGCCACAGAAGGCAUUAGAAUCCGUAUCAGAACGUUUCCUGUCAGAAAUUUCUGUGCUACCUUCAAAGCUACACAAGUCUGUGUCUCUUUUCAUGGCUUAUGUGCACACAGUUGUGAAUGAAAUGUCACUCACUUAUUUACAAAAUGAACGUCGCUAUAAUUACACUACACCUAAAUCAUUUUUAGAACAGAUCAGUUUGUAUUCAAAACUUCUGCACGAAAAAACUGCUGAGCUACAAGCUCGUAUUUAUCGUUUAACAAAUGGUCUGGAAAAAUUAGCUUGCACUGCUCAACAAGUGGAUGGUCUGAAAGAAGUCCUGGCAAAUCAGCAGGUGACUCUUAAAGAAAAGAAUGACGCUGCUGAUAAAUUAAUACAAGUUAUUGGGGUUGAAACAGAGAAGGUGUCUAAGGAAAAGGCAAUUGCUGCUGAGGAAGAAAGAAAGGUAAGAAUAAUUGAAGAAGAUGUGAGCCAAAAGCAAAAAAUGUGUGAGGAAGAUUUGAUGAAGGCUGAACCUGCACUUGUUGCUGCUCAAGAAGCAUUGAAUACAUUGAAUAAAAGUAACCUCACAGAACUUAAAUCAUUUGGAGCACCACCACCAGCAGUGGUCAAUGUUACUGCUGCUGUCAUGGUCCUGUUUGCACCAAAAGGUAGAAUCCCUAAAGAUAGAAGCUGGAAAGCGUGUAAAGUUAUGAUGGCAAAGGUUGAUUCUUUUCUGGACAGUUUAAUACAUUAUGACAAGGAAAACAUCCACCCUGAGGUAAUUAAAGCUUUGCAACCAUACCUUCAAGACCCAGAAUUUGUACCUGAAAACAUACAGGGCAAGUCACUUGCCGCUGCAGGUCUCUGUGCUUGGGUUAUAAACAUCAUGAAAUUCUAUGAAGUUUAUGUUGUUGUUGAGCCAAAGAGACGUGCACUGAACCAAGCCAAUGCAGAGCUAGCUGCAGCUAGGGAACGAUUAAAUUCCCUGAAAGACCAACUGAAUUCCCUUGAAGCCAAGUUGGCAACAUUAACACAUGAAUUUGAAGAAGCUGUUGCUGAAAAAGUAAAAUGUCAGCAGGAAGCUGAUUCUACUUCACUCACUAUUGACUUAGCAAAUCGUCUUGUUAAUGGCCUAGGAUCAGAGAACAUUCGCUGGAGAGAAAGUGUGGCUACUCUUAAACAAGCUGGAAACAUGCUGCCUGGUGACGUUCUUUUGGUAACAGCAUUUAUUUCUUAUGUCGGUUGCUUCACUCGGAAAUACAGAAUUGACCUACAAGAAAAAUAUUGGCUUCCUUACCUGAAAAAGCUAGAUCCACAAAUUCCGCUUACACUGGAUGUGGAUCCCUUGACUCUACUAACUGACGAUGCUCAGAUUGCCAAGUGGAACAAUGAAGGCCUACCAAGUGAUCGAAUGUCCGCAGAAAAUGCAACAAUCUUGACUAAUUCAACUCGUUGGCCACUUAUGAUAGAUCCACAGCUCCAAGGAAUUAAGUGGAUCAAAAAUAAAUAUGGAGAAAGCCUAAAAAUUGUUCGCUUAGGGCAGAAAAUGUAUCUUGAAGUGAUUGAAGGGGCUCUGUCAAAUGGGGACACUGUAUUGAUUGAAAAUAUUGGUGAAUCAAUUGAUGCUGUUCUGGAUCCGUUAUUGAGUCGAAAUCUGAUAAAGAAAGGAAAAGCUAUAAAAAUUGGUGACAGGGAAGUUGAUUAUAAUCCAAACUUUCGACUAAUUUUGCACACCAAGUUGGCAAAUCCUCAUUAUAAACCUGAAAUGCAAGCACAAACAACUCUGAUUAAUUUUACUGUUACAAGAGAUGGAUUAGAAGAACAGCUAUUAGCGGAGGUUGUAAAAGCUGAACGCCCAGAUCUAGAGAAACUGAAGGCUGAUCUCACUAAGCAACAGAAUGAUUUCAAAAUUACACUUAAAAUGCUUGAAGAUGACCUUCUGCAUAGGUUAGCUUCUGCAGGAGAAAAUAUUUUGAAGGACACAGCCCUAGUGAUAAAUCUGGAGACCACAAAGAAGACUGCAGCAGAAAUUGAGAUAAAAGUUUCUGAAGCUAAGGUAACUUCUGUUCAGAUUGACGAAGCCAGAGAACAGUACCGCUCAGCGGCUACAAGAGCAUCACUGCUGUACUUUAUUUUGAAUGACCUGCACAAAAUAAAUCCAAUAUACCAGUUUUCACUGAAGGCUUUCAGUGUUGUCUUUUAUAAUGCAAUGAUGUGUGCACGAAAAGAUGAUAACAUUCAGAAAAGGGUAUUCAAUCUCAUUGACAGCAUAACAUUUGGUGUUUAUAUGUAUACAAGUCGGGGACUUUUUGAAUGUGACAAAUUAAUUUUUAUGGCUCAGAUGGCUAUUCAGAUUCUUUUAAUGGAUAAUGAGAUAGACCCAGCAGAACUUGACUUUUUGUUACGAUACCCAGCAAACCCUAAUGUUACCAGUCCUGUUGAUUUUCUUACUAAUCUGAGCUGGGGUGGGAUCAAGACACUUUCUGCAAUGGACGAAUUCAGAAAUCUCGACCGUGACAUAGAAGCUUCAGUGAAGCGAUGGAAAAAAUUUGUGGAAUCAGAAACACCUGAGAGAGAGAAGUUUCCUCAGGAGUGGAAGAACAAGUCAGCAUUGCAACGGUUAUGUAUGUUGAGAGCUUUGAGGCCUGACAGAAUGACAUAUGCUAUGAGAGUAUUUAUUGAGGAAAAAUUAGGCAGUAAGUACAUUGAAUCAUGGACUAUUGAAUUUUCAAAAUCAUAUGAAGAAAUGAGUUCAAGCACACCAGUGUUCUUUAUAUUGUCACCAGGCGUUGAUCCACUAAAAGAUGUAGAAAAAGUUGGAAGAAAACUUGGCUUUACAUUUGAUAAACACAAUUUUCACAAUGUCUCUUUGGGUCAAGGCCAGGAAGUUGUUGCUGAGGAAGCAAUGGACAUUGCUGCUAGGGAAGGGCAUUGGGUUAUACUACAGAAUAUUCAUCUCGUCAAGAACUGGUUGCCAUAUUUGGAGAAAAAAAUGGAACAUUGUGCUGAAAUAGCACAUCCCAACUUUCGUCUUUUCAUGAGUGCAGAGCCAUCACCAGAUCCAGCUUUCCACAUUAUCCCUCAAGGAAUUCUGGAGUCUUCAAUAAAAAUUACUAAUGAGCCACCUACAGGAAUGCUUGCAAAUCUUCAUAAAGCCCUUGAUAAUUUUUCACAGGAGACACUUGAGAUGAGCACAAAAGAAGCAGAAUUUAAAGCUAUAUUAUUUUCUCUCUGUUACUUCCAUGCAGUAAUAGCAGAACGUCGAAAAUUUGGGCCACAAGGCUGGAACAGAAUUUAUCCUUUCAAUGUUGGUGAUUUGACAAUAAGUGUGAAUGUCCUGUAUAACUAUCUUGAGAAUAGUGCAAAAGUACCAUGGGAAGAUCUUCGUUAUCUGUUUGGAGAAAUAAUGUAUGGGGGUCAUAUUACCGAUGACUGGGAUCGUCACUUGUGUCGAACAUACCUUUCAGAGUACCUACGACCAGAGCUCCUUGAUGGUGACCUCUCUUUGGCACCUGGUUUCCUAGCACCUCCAAAUACAGAUUUACAAGGUUAUCAUAAUUACAUUGAUGCUUACCUGCCAGCAGAGACGCCAUAUUUAUAUGGGCUGCAUCCAAAUGCAGAAAUAGGUUUUCUGACUACCACAUCAGAGACCUUGUUUCGUACAGUUUUAGAAAUGCAACCUCGUGAGGCUGGAGCAUGCGGUACAAGCACUCUUACACGAGAAGAAAAGGUUAAGCAGGUUCUCGAUGAUAUAUUAGACAAACUACCUGAAGGCUUUAACAUAGCUGAAAUCAUGGCUAAAGUAGAAGAGAGAACACCAUAUAUAAUAGUUGCAUUCCAAGAAUGUGAAAGAAUGAAUAUUCUGUCGUCAGAAAUGAAGCAAUCUCUGAGGGAACUGGAUCUUGGACUUAAGGGUGAACUGACUAUAACAACAGAUAUGGAGGAAUUGGAAGCAUCUCUUUUUAUGGAUCAGGUCCCAGCAAGGUGGACAAAACUUGCUUAUCCAUCCAUGAUGACAUUAGGUCCUUGGUUUGCUGAUUUUUUGCUAAGGCUACGUGAACUAGAAGGGUGGUCAACUGAUUUCCAGUUGCCAUCAUCUGUUUGGCUUGCUGGUUUCUUUAACCCACAAUCAUUCUUAACUGCAAUUAUGCAGUCUACUGCAAGAAAAAAUGAAUGGCCUUUGGACAGAAUGUGCCUUCACUGUGAAGUAACAAAAAAACAAAAGGAGGAAUUUACAACUCCACCUAGAGAAGGUGCAUACAUUCACAGUCUUUUCAUGGAGGGAGCAAGAUGGGAUCCGCAGACUGGAGCCAUUGUAGAAGCUCGUUUGAAAGAACUAUUUCCUACUAUGCCUGUUAUUUUCAUUAAGGCUAUAACACAAGAUAAGCAAGAUCUCCGCAACAUGUAUGAGUGCCCAAUCUACAAAACACGUGUACGGAAUCAAACAUAUGUUUGGACAUUUAAUUUGCGAACACGUGAGAAACCAGCAAAAUGGACUUUGGCAGGAGUUGCUAUUUUAUUACAAAUAUAA